AUGCGGUGCUUCGACACCGCGAAGAUCUACGUCAAAGCCGGCGACGGCGGCCGCGGGAUGGUCGCGUUUCGAAGAGAAGCGUUCGUCGCGCAAGGCGGCCCGUUCGGCGGCAACGGCGGCAACGGCGGCGCCAUCUACUUCGAAGCGGACUCGAGCAUCAACUCCCUCGUCGGGUUCCGGAAGAAGGUGCACCACCGAGCGGACCCGGGCGGGAACGGCGGCGGGAAAAAGAUGCAAGGCUCGAUCGGCGCGGACCGAACCGUGCUCGUGCCCCCGGGGACGAUCGUGCGAGACGCGAAGACGGACCGGACGCUGUGCGAGAUGUUCGCGCACGGGCACAGAGAGAUGGUCCUCCCGGGCGGCAGAGGCGGCAGAGGGAACGCGUCGUUUAAGACAGCGAAGAACAAGGCGCCGCAAAUCGCGGAGAACGGCGAGGAGGGGAUGGAAAAGUGGGUCGAGCUCGAGCUGAAGCUCGUCGCGGACGUCGGCAUCAUCGGCGUCCCGAACGCGGGAAAGAGUACGCUGCUCGCGAACGUCUCGAACGCCAAACCGAAGAUCGCGGACUACCCGUUCACGACCAUCGUCCCGAACCUGGGCGUCGUCGAGCGAGAUUUCGAGCGGAUGGUUUUCGCGGACAUACCCGGCCUGCUCGAGGGCGCGUCCGAUGGCGUCGGCCUCGGGUUCGAGUUUUUACGGCACGUGAAGCGCACGCGCGUGCUCGUGCACGUCCUGGACUGCACGUCCGAGGACGUCUUGGAGGAGUACGACGCGAUAAGGAACGAGCUCUUCUUGUUCGACGAAGAAGUCGGCGACAAGCCGGAGCUCAUCGCGUUGAAUAAAGUCGACGCGUCCGACGAAGCCGCCGAACGCGCGCUCGAGCUGCAGACCGUCUUCGAAGAACGCGGUUUGAACGUUCACGUGACGUCCGCGCUCACGGGCGCGGGCGUCGGCGAGCUCAUCACCGCGGUGAAGGACAUCUGGGCGUCGCUGCCGGCGAUCGAUUACGAGGCGGAAGCCGCGGAGCGCGCGGCGAAAAAACUCGCGCGGCCCGCGGACGGGAAGAGCCUCGACGAGUUCACGGUAACGGACACGCCGUAUGCGUUUAUCAUCGAAGGUGCCGCGAUCGAGCGGUUCGUGCAGAUGACAAACUGGGACUACUUCGAGUCGUUCAAGCGGUUCGCGAGGGUGUUGCAGAUGUCUGGGAUCGAAAAGGCGGUGAACGACGCCGGCGCGGGAGAGGGCGAUCGCGUCAUCAUCGGAAAGUACGAGUUCGAGUGGUCCGGGGACAGGCGAGAGAAGACGCUGUUCGACUCGUGGCGGGCGAAGAUGGACGAGAAGCCCGCGGGGACGACGCAGCAAGGGUCGCGUCACUGGCCGCAUUGA